UGGUUAAUGUGUAACCACCGCUGCUGACCAGCUGGACUUAAAUAAAGCAGCAGAGAUCUGGGAUCCUCAUUCUGAACCUCACUCAGUCACUGCGGACACACAAGAGAGAGAACCGUCUUAGCAACAGAAGACAAAAUGCAGAAGCUACAUCCACUUCUUCUAGCGGCCCUGGCGUGUUGCUGGAUCUCCGGAAGCCAAGCCAACCGCGUCUACAUUCACCCCUUCCACCUUUUUGCCGUCGACAAUGUCAGCUGUGAGACUCUGCAAGGCUCCGCCGUGAAGCCUCUCGAAACCGUCGCCGUGGAGGCCCUCGAUGUUGAGGUUUUGACCCCCGACAGCAGGGACUUGUCAAGCCUGGAUGCACAGACGCAGAACAUGACAAAGAGGAUGGCAGUCCUGGCUGGCCUGCUGAACCCUCUGGGUCUGAGGAUGUACCAUGCCUUCAGCAGAAAGCAGAACAACACCGUCUUCUCUCCGGUCAACACUUAUGGGUCACUUGUUGCCUUCUACCUCGGAGCUUCUAAGAAGACGGCACGCUCGUUUCAGGAGUUUCUAGGCCUCAGUAGCGGCACCGACAGAGAGGACUGUGUGUCUUUAGUAGACGGACAUAAGAUCCUCAGUACACUGCAAGACAUUAACUCUCUGGUGGACGAUGGGUCUGGAGAUGAAAUCACCACUCGGGUCUGGGCCUUCGCACGGAGCGACGCUCAGCUAUCGAGAGACUUUAUUCAGGGAACACAAGACUUCUCCGACAAAUCGUUUAUCCGAGGCGUGGACUUCUCCAAGCACGAGGAGGCGGAAACACUGGUGAACAGCUUUGUGGAGAAAACGUCCGACGGGAAAUUGACGAAUGUCUUCAAAGGCCUGAACCCAAGCAGCAACUUUCUCUUCAUCUCAUCCUUCAGUUUCAAAGGCAACUGGAUGGCAGCUUUCCAACCCGAUAAGAUCUCCAUGGAAGAGUUUCAUGUGGACGAAACGACAAAAGUAACGACUUCAACCAUGACGCGCACUUAUAACUACCACUACCUGAAUGACAAGGUGAAUAGGUGCACUGUUGUGAAGCUGCCUCUCAGUAAACAGAGCCACAUGUUGCUCAUGCUACCUCACGAAGGAACAACGCUCGGUCACGUAGAGAACAAACUGCUCGCCAGCUUCAUGGGCGGCUGGCACAAGAACCUCCGGGAAGGUUUGUUGGAGCUGUCCCUCCCUAAGUUCUCCCUGUCCUCUGUGAUUGACAUCCAUGACCUGCUGUCCACCAUGAACACCUCUCUGGGGUCCACGCUCUUGGGCUCCCAGGCCGAGUUCAGCCGCCUCAGCAACACCAGCCCUUUCUCCGUAGACAAGGCCAUGAACAACGUGAUGUUUGAGAUGUCAGGAGAAGCUGCAGAACCUCAGGCCGGGCCUACAGAAGCAGGCGUCGCUCUGAAGCUGUCCAUCAACAGACCGUUCUUUUUCUCCGUUAUAGAGGAGCAUUACGAAUCGAUCCUGCUGCUGGGAAAGAUCACCAACCCUACCCUCUAAAGAUGUUUGAUACUGAACAGAAGAUGACCGGACCGUCAAAGUGCUGCUGUGUCUGAAAGAAAUUACCAGACAGCAUAGACGAGAGAUGAAGCUACGGCUUUGUCUCUUUCAGCAUUAAAACAGUGUUAUGGUUACUCAAGGUCAGCACACAGAAAGUUACUGGAAUCACUGGAGGUCUCGUUGUAGUAUUUAUGGAUAGACUUC